GAGCAAAAUGCUGAGAGUGGCCUAGCGCGCGCAGGUUUUGGGAAAGAAUGAGCGUCCCUCUCCGGCUUCUGCUCUUCUGUGUGUUGCUUUGCUCUGCAGUGCUCACGGGAUCUCAACACGUUUCUGUGGAGCACCAACUUGUCGGAGAAGGGCGCGUGUCAGGGCGCAGGACUGGGAGACUGUAUUGUAGAGUUGGCAUAGGCUUUCACCUUCAGAUUCACUCCGAUGGGAGAGUUAACGGGAGUCACGAACCCAAUCGAUUAAGUGUGCUGGAGCUGUUUGCCGUGUCUCAAGGGGUCAUAGGAAUAAGAGGAGUUUUCAGCGAUCGAUUUUUAGCCAUGAACAAGAGAGGGAGGCUUCACGCAACCGAGAGCUUCACAGAUGACUGCAAGUUCAGGGAGCGGUUUCAGGAGAACAGCUACAACACAUACGCCUCAGUGAUUCACAAGAACCACCGAACUGGUAGAGAGUGGUUUGUGGCACUAAACAAGCGAGGAAAAGCAAAAAUGGGGUCCAGUCCUAAAGUGAAGUCACAGCAUGUGUCCACACACUUUCUGCCCAGGAUGAACCUGCAUGAGAAAUCUGAGCACGGUUUCACAAUAGCAGACAAAGAAAAGGAAAAACAACCACCCCCACAACCAUCAAAGCCUUCGAUACCAAAAACCACCAUCAAUGCUGGAAAGAGGAAUCGACAGGUUGUCAAGUACUGGCCGAAGUUUAGAUUUGGAUAGACUAUUGCUGCCUUAAACUUGAACUUAUCUUGAAAAAAUAAAACAACAAAGGAAAGGUUGUUUUCUCUUCAGGGCGAAUUGUUUGCUAAACUCUGAUGUGAGCAUUCCAGUCAUAACAAACCUCACAGAAAAGAAAAUGAAUGCCCCAAUAAUGCAACAUUUUAAAAUGUGGAAAAUGGCAUGAACUCUGUUGUGCAUUUUUAAAAGCUCUUCCAAUGCAUCAUGUAACUGAACUGUCUGAAGUUGCUUUUUACAUUACUCGAUUAUUUGACAAAAUAUAAGUGUUUUUUU